AUGCCGUCCCCGUCGAAGUCGAGAAGAUUACCAAUCUCCUUCCAGCUAGUCUUGCUUAGCGUGGGUAGCAUCGAAUCGCACACCUCCGCGUCCCAGCAGCUGAGGAGCCCCGCUACUCAAGAGUACAAGACGGCGUCAGUCGUGUUCACCAACCAUGAUGUAGUGGAUCUGACGGCCGCUCGCAGGGGGGCCAUCAAGCAUUGCGCUGCUGCGGUGUCCAUGCCACAUAAUGUCUGCUCAGAAAGUGCCUCCUCGACAGAGAAUGUCUUGCCACGAAAGAGAAAACGCUUGGCCGCUACUUCUUUCCAUGCCCCGCGAGAACAUUUCUUGGAGCGGUUCCUGGAUGGGCCAGGACAGCUGGAAGACUCAGGACAGCUGGAAGACUCAGGACAGCUGGAAGACUCAGGACAGCUAGAAGACUCAGGACAGCUGGAAGACUCAGGACAGCUGGAAGACUCAGGACAGCUGGAAGACUCAGGGAAGCUGGAAGACUCAGGAAAGCUGGAAGACUCAGGACAGCUGGAAGACUCAGGACAGCUGGAAGACUCAGGACAGCUGGAAGACUCAGGACAGCUGGAAGACUCAGGAAAGCUGGAAGAGUCAGGGAAGGAGAAUGAUGGAGUUACCCGGAUUGUUGCGGAUGACACGGGAGUUCGAUUGGAGGGUUUGAUCGAAGGGAGUCCGGUGGUGUAUUUGAGUAAUGGUGUUGAUAAGAGCGUCCCUUCACUUUUGCUUGUUGGUCCGGAAGAGAAAGGACAUUGCGUAGGAGCACGUUAUUUGGUUUGGUCGUAUGACGUAUGGCUUAAUAAUUGGCAGCAUUUAGUUCCGUUCAAAACAGUGGGGCCAAUGUCCCUUUUUGGAUUCGCUAAGAUGGCGGAGAAGUGGGAUGCCGAUGGGAAAUCUAAUCCUUCGUUGGAAGCGGUUUGUUAUACUAAGACAGGACGGAUACCAGUUGUAUGGGAUGAGUCAAAAUUUGUAGAUUGGUUACUCAAGUCUGGAAGGAAAUAUAAUCAGGUGGGUUUCGUACGGAAUAGGAAUGUUGGGCGAGUCAUUACACUAAGUCAAGUGAAUGUUGCGCUUGAUGACGUCCUAGCCAGUUGGCCGAUAACUAAGGAUUUAAGCAUCAGAUUUGCCGACCGUAUGCGACGUUGGUGGAGACACACACGUGUGCGAUCGCUAAAAAAGACCGCCGGCGAGAAUGUUAUGUCGGCUCGUGAGUUUGAAGGACUUGUCGUAAAGACCGCUGCACAAUUAAAGGUACCUCUAGACCAAGUAGCCAAGAUGAGUCGAAGGUCUAAACGGAAGCAACAAGUCCUUGACAAAGCCGCAGAAGAAAUUCCUGCUAGAAGCGCCGCCAUUCUCAACGAUGCGAUUCCUACUUACUUGGUUGGCGUUUCAGGAAACAAGUUCCAAAUACUCAACAAGACUGAAGAACGUCUCAAGACAAAGGAAACGCUACGAAUUCAGCCGCGAUACCUGGUCUGGGCAUAUGAUACACUCAAUCAAGGCUGGUGGGGUACCAUACCAAAAACCAUAUGGUCACCGGAAUUGUCCGUCUUCGGACUGGCUCAAAAGGCCAGCGAGUGGGAGGCUAAAUGUGGAAGUAUAUAUACUUUGUCAUCAGGUUGUUAUAAAUGCGGAGAAGGCGGCAAAGUUCAUUCUGCAACAGAAAGCUGUGAGAGAUGCGAGGCGCCGUGGAGCCCUGAAGAGUUCUGGGAGUGGCUUCGAUCACGACACUUUGAAAACAUCUGUGACCAGCUCAGCAGUGCUCCGAGAGAAGAAUCGAAGGAAGAAUCGAGAGAGGAUGAGAAGUCGUCAAGACGACUCCAGAGUGAAUCUAACGAUUGCGCGAAAAUAGAUCGAGAUCGAUUAUGUAAGAUAGUUGAGGAGAUCGGGUUCGAUGUUCCGGUAACGGAAGGAGAACAACGAACAUACGAGUUAUGUGACGACGCAAUCGAUCGGUUCUUGCCGGCCACGGGCUAUCAGUCAUUGAUGGGACGGUUUGCGAGGUGGGCCAGGUUGGAUUAUGGAGUGAUAAGGUUGUGCCAAGACGGGUAUCGUCGGUUUGAGUUAGAGCGCUGGAUCGUCCAUCGAGUUAGUUCGUAUUUGGCUAAUCAAGCGGCCUGUGAUCGUGGCUUUAAGCCGCCGAACAUUCACGGUACAGUUUCCGUAGUCGACUGUCCCACGGCUGUGGACUGUCCCACGGCUGUGGACUGUCCCAUGGCUGUGGACUGUCCCAUGGCUGUGGGCUGUCCCACGGCUGUGGACUGUCCCAUGGCUGUGGACUGUCCCACGGCUGUGGACUGUGAUAAGUAUGUUGUUGUGAAAGAGGGUAACCUUUGUGCAAUGGAUAGUAAACGUUGUGCCGUUGACAGUAACACUUAUGGUGGUAUGAACGGGUCAAUUCCUCCAUUUCAAAUUUACUUCCCAGAAGAGAAGGGGUUGCAGACCUGCGCAGGGUGCCUGUUAUGGGCAUUUGAUAUAUUCUACUGGAAUUGGUGGCACCUGGUGCCGUUCCAAGUGAGAAGGCCUGUAUCGGUCUUUGGACUGGCCCGACUGGCAGCGGAUCGGGAAUCGGCCCGCAGAGACAACCCGGCUUUAGCAGCCAACGGUACGUUGGAAGCGACGUGUUACAAGGUCAACUCUAGCGACGGUGUUCCCUCGGAGGCGGCAGCAUUUUGUAACUGGCUGAAAUUUGGGAGGGCUGCAAACGACGUAGGAUACAAACCUUUGUUGCAAGUUUACAGACGCGGAGGUGGGUUCAUUCCAGCAAGCCAAACGAAAGAUGCAUUGCAGGACCUGCUGGAUUCGUGGCCGAUAACGCAGGAGUCCAGUGUCAAAUUUUCGGACAUCCUGCAUCGGUGGCGAAGACGCUACAAAGCAAAAGUAUCAUCCCCGACGAAAUUCCAAUCUAGAUGCCUGUCUUGGCGAGAGUUCGAAUCACUUGUGGUAAAGACCUUGGGAGACUUGCGAGUGCCUCUGACUCGGGUUUCGAAAAUGUUCCGCCGGACCCGGCGAAGGCAGCAAAUCCGCGACAUGGUGGCCACUAUGACCAGAAGGGGUCCAGACCUCGUAGGGGCCAGCGAGAACAAGGUACCUUGUGGGAGCCGGGUACCUUGUGGGAGCGGGGUACCUUGUGGGAGCGGGGUACCUGCGGUCAUCAUGAGCGACUCACCUCCGUCUCAUCUGCUCGGUAUGUCAGGUCACAGGUUCCGAAUAGCCACGGAGGUAGAGGCAGACAUGCGCAUUAAGCCGCGCUAUCUCGUUUGGGCGUACGACGUCCUGGACCAUGGCUGGUGGCAGGCGAUACCGGAAACUAUAGCGUGGCAGGGAUUGUCAGUUACGGGACUGGCUCAGAAAGCCUGUGAAUGGGAAGCCAGCAACAGAAGCAUUUGCACCUUGGCUGCAAGCUGUUAUAACUGCGGAGAACGUGGCAGGUGGCAUCUUGUAACAGAGAGUUGCGAGAGGUGUGAAGAGUCCUGGAGCCCUGAAGAGUUUUGGGAGUGGGUUCGCUCGAGACACUUCUCCAGCAUUUGCAAUAAACUACAGAACGCUGAUCAACAGAACGCUGAUCAACAGAACGCUGAUCAUGCGAGAGGUUCUGGCCUGUCGAGCAUGUCCAGUUUUUACGAACUAGGGCGAAAACGGCUGUCGGAGAUGAUUUUAGAAAUUGGGUUUGACGUCCCGGUUGGAAACGAAGAACCUGGUAUCGAGGUCAGCGAAUGGGAACUCGACAAGUUCGUGUCCAUGAAACGUCGACUUUGGUCUAGUUCCACGAAGACUCGCCACUCGUUACCAAACCGGUUGAGGCAAUGGCUUAGUACGCGAGGAUGCGGGAAGCCCUCAGAGCACGGAUUCGAACGGUGGGAGUAUGAGCGCUUGAUCGUACAUAAACUUAACACACCUGUCUUGCCGUACCAAGACUAG